UUGGCGUGGGGCGUCCGGUGACAGCGGCAGCAGAAGAGACGGCUGACCCACAGCUCCGGCUCUGGGAAUCCUAAAGGAGAAGGUGUUCUUAUGCAGUUCUCUCUCAUACUCAAAAGAGUGUUAGGUGAUUUGAAGCUGUGGGCCAAGAUUUAAGAGAUACCUUUGGUUCUGUGUUCCCCUCCAGUCAUGGGAGGGUUUGCCCACCAGGACUCCUUACGACAACGCCUUUGUUCCGGCCGUCGGCUGAUCCUCAUCCUCAUGGGACUUCUGGCUGUGGUUAUCCUCUCCCUCGUCAUGUUUGGCUUCCUGGGGCGCAAAUACUCCGCAACUUUGGGGAAGAUGCAGGAGGAUGUGAAAACCAGCAAUCGCACCCUGGCUGCGGUAUUAGUUGAUUUUCAACAACAGGAGGCCAACUAUUCAGAAGAUCUCCAAAAAGUCGACAGGUUGGUAAAACAGAACGCAGAAGGCAAGGAAGCGAUGUCCCAUUUCCAGGAUCAGAUCAAGAAACUUCAAGAAACUUUCAAGAAAAUAAACUGUGCUUUGGAGGACGUUAAGCACAAGAGGGAAGCGGGGGGCUGCUGCCCCAGAGGCUGGCACCUGUUUCAGCGGAGCUGCUACUGGCUCUCCCCUACUCUGACCACCUGGGCCGCAGCCAAAGGGGACUGCGAAGAGAAGAACGCCCACUUGGUGGUCCUCACUAACUACCUAGAGAAGCAAUUUGUGUUACGACUCAUCAAACCUCACAGCCCUUGGAUUGGUCUGAAGUACAAUGGCGAGAUGUGGAAGUGGGUGGAUGGGACCACCUACACAAAGCGCAGGAU